UGGAAGCGGCGGCGGUGCGGGCCCCAACGGCCCGGUGAGGCCAUAAUGACUUCAACUAAUAAAGCAAUUGAAUUGCAACUACAAGUGAAACAAAAUGCAGAAGAAUUACAAGACUUUAUGAGAGAUUUAGAAAACUGGGAAGAAGAUAUUAAACAAAAGGAUAUGGAACUAAGAAGACAGAACGGUGUCCCUGAAGAGAAUUUACCUCCAAUUCGAAAUAGGAAUUUUAGGAAAAAGAAAAAAGGUAAAGCUAAAGAGUCUUCUAAGAAAACCAAAGAUGAAAAUACAAAAAACAGGAUAAAGUCUUAUGAUUAUGAGGCAUGGGCAAAACUUGAUGUGGAAAGUAUCCUUGAUGAACUUGACAAAGAAGAGAGUACCCAUGAUUCUGUGUCUCAAGAAUCAGAGUCAGAAGAAGAUGGAAUUCAUGUAGAUUCACAAAAGGCCCUUGCUCUAAAAGAAAAGGGCAAUAAGUAUUUCAAACAAGGAAAAUAUGAUGAAGCAAUUGAAUGCUACACUAAAGGCAUGAAUGCCGAUCCAUAUAAUCCCGUGUUGCCAACAAACAGAGCAUCGGCAUACUUUAGAAUGAAAAAGUUUGCUGUUGCUGAGUCUGAUUGUAGUUUAGCAAUUGCCUUGAAUAGGAGUUAUACAAAGGCUUAUGCAAGACGAGGUGCUGCUCGAUUUGCUUUGCAAAAAUUAGAGGAUGCCAAAAAAGAUUAUGAAAAAGUAUUAGAACUGGAACCAAAUAACUUUGAAGCAACAAACGAACUCAAGAAAAUUGAUCAGGCUUUAACAUCCAAAGAAAACUCACACCCAAAGGAAGCUGACACAGUGAUUAAGUCAACUGAAGGAGAGAAAAAACAAAUUGAAGAGCAGCAGCAUAAGCAGCAGGCAAUUUCAGAGAAAGAUCGGGGGAAUGGAUUUUUCAAAGAGGGAAAGUAUGAAAGAGCAAUUGAGUGCUAUACUCGAGGAAUAGCAGCAGAUGGCGCUAAUGCCCUUCUUCCAGCUAACAGAGCAAUGGCCUAUCUGAAGAUUCAGAAAUAUGAAGAGGCUGAAAAGGACUGCACACGAGCUAUUUUAUUAGAUGGCUCGUAUUCUAAAGCUUAUGCCAGAAGAGGAACUGCAAGAACAUUUUUGGGAAAGCUAAAUGAGGCCAAACAAGAUUUUGAAACUGUUUUGCUUCUGGAACCUGGAAAUAAGCAAGCAAUAACUGAACUUUCCAAAAUUAAAAAGGAAUUAAUUGAGAAAGGACACUGGGAUGAUGUGUUUCUCGAUUCUACUGAAAGGCAGAAUGUGAUAAAACCCAUUGAUAAUCCACCUCAUCCUGGAUCAGCUAAACCACUCAAGAAGGUGAUUAUUGAAGAAACUGGUAAUUUGAUACAGACUAUUGACAUGCCAGAGAGCACUACUGCUGCUGCUCCAGAGAGUAAUCCUGUUAAUGUAGCAGAUGUAACAGCAACCACAGGCACUGCAAGUAAGAAGAAUUCAAGCCAAGAUGACCUUUUGCCCACGAGUGAUAUUCCAAAAGCAAAAGUAUUGAAAAUAGAAGAAAUCAGUGAGACUUCAGCCCUCCAACCUCAAGUUAAUAUGAAGCAGGAUGUAUAUCAGUCUUCCCGUGAGAAGAUUUCUAUAGAGGGAGACAAAUUGCCUGCUCAGUUUAUCACAACUGUUCUUCCUCCAGUUCCUGCAAACUCAUUCCAGCUUGAAUCUGAUUUUAGACAACUGAAAAGUUCUCCAGAUAUGUUAUAUCAGUAUUUGACGAAAAUUGAACCAUCCUUGUAUCCUAAGUUGUUUCAGAAAAAUCUAGAUCCAGAUGUAUUCAACCAAAUCAUUAAAAUUCUGCAUGACUUUUACAUUGAGAAAGAAAAGCCAUCACUCAUCUUGGAAAUUUUACAAAGGCUUUCUGAAUUAAGAAGGUUUGAUAUGGCAGUGAUGUUCAUGUCAGAACCUGAGAAAAAAAUUGCACAUGUAUUAUUCAGUCACAUAGAGAACUCAGGGUUGAAGGAUAAUUCUGUUGAAGAACUCAAGAAAAGAUAUGGUGGUUGAUUGCCAUUUUUACUAAAAUUAUUGUCUUUGAAUUUCACAUGUAAAUUUUUUUCUACUGAAAUAAAGUUUUGUUUCACGUUGAAGAAAAUGAAAUUUUACAGGAAAGUACUGUCUUUGGAUAUAAGUUAAUUAACUAUAAAGUGAAUUGUGAUUUAACUAGUGAGAAAUGUAUUCUUUAUAAGUGAUCUAUUUAUAAGUCUUUUCUGAAAAUAAAAAUAUAAAUAAUGAGGUAUAUUUGUAAAGAUCAGUAUUUUGUAAGUCAUUUAAAUGUUAGAUAUAGAUACAUUCUCCAGUGCCCUGUAAGUGUAACAUUAUUUCUACAUGACAAGGCUGCUUCAUUAGCAUUUGAGUAAAGUUAUAUUUGUAUAGAGAAAGUUAAGUAGGUAACUGGAUUGUUUCUUUAUAAGACUUUUUAAUAUCAUUGUGCCAGUUCACUAACAUAAUUACUUAGCUGCAGGAUAAGUAUUUUUAGUAUUUAUGUUGAAAAGAGACUUUUAACUAGACUUUUUAUAGCAGUUCAUUGAGGAGUCACAGCAUCCUUAGAUUUAAUACUUCAGAUUUUUUCUUCAUGAUAUCAACAUCAUAUAUAUACUAAAGGCACAUAAUCCAAAGCAAAGUGUAGAAAAUUUAAAAACUGGGAAUAUUUAAGUAGUAAUUAGCAUAUAGCUUAUGUGUGUAUGUGUUGUGUGAGUGUGUAUCUAUAAAGCCUUUAAAAGCAGGGCUAGAAUUCCACUCAUCCUUAUUUUGUACAGUUCCUGGCACAGUCCUUUGCACCUGGUUAGGUGCUUGAUUAAUAUUUGUACAAUCUAAUUUAAUUUAACAGCAAGAAUCAAUUUUAGUAAAUUUAAAAGUAGCAACCUAGCAAAUUUGGGGCAUCCUAUAAAUGUUGUUAAAAGCCAUUUAAUUUUAGAGAGCAUCAAGUUGUUAAAAAACAUACUAGGUCUCCCUAGCUGGUUUGGCUCAGUGGAUAGAGCAUUGGCUUGUGGACAAAGGGUCCUGGGUUCGAUUCCAGUCAAGGGCACAUACCUUGGUUGCAGGCUCCUCCCUGGCCCGAGCCCUGGUGGGAGCAUGUGCAGGAGGCAACCAAUCAAUGUGUGUGCCAGGCCAGCACAUCCAAGGGUUCAGUGAGCCUGAGUGGGGGCGGCGAAGGAUUGAAGAAAAGACAGACAAAGAGAAAAAGCUGGGUCUAGGUGGAUCUCCUGUGCCUGGCUAAGGCCACAGAGAGAGAUCCAGAGAGCAAGCUGAGCCUUUAUUUUAUAGCCAGAAGUAAACAAGGUAGUGGUCACCAUAGUUACAAUGUUCUUGUGAGUUUCACUUGUUUUGGCAGCACUUGCUGCACCUCCCACAGCCAAUUGGCUACCCAGAUAGGAUCUAGGGGACGUCAUAAGGUCAAGCUUAAUUAUGCUAAGAGGGCUAUGCCCUCUAAGCUGGGACUUGUUUGUGGCUUUGCCAACAGGUCAGUUCGAGGCUUAACCUUAUAUCCGCUCCCUACAAAUGUGAUUCUCUCACAUCGAUGUUUCUCUCUGUCUUUCUUUCUCUCUUCCACUCUCCCUAAAAAUCAGUGAAAAAAUACUCUCUGGUGAGGAUUAACAACAACAAAUACUAGGUCACCAUCCUAUAGCUGUUAUCAGCAUUAAAUUUAAAACUUUAUUUUACACUGUUGAUAAUUUUUGUUGCAUCAUACAUUGUUAUACUUACAAUUGCUUGAGUAAUCAUAAUCUAUUUACAAAGAUAAUUGUCCAGAUAUAAAUUAUUGAAAUGAUCAUAGUUUAUAUAGUCACAGUGCCCUUAGGUUAGAAUUUAUUAAUGUUAUGCAUUGCUAAAUGUAUUAUUUUUUUAUGGUA